CCGGGCUAAAAUAACACAGGUGAUCAGAAAACGUUGGGAAACUGAAACAGUUGGAGCAGGUCGGGCUCUGAUGACAUGGCUGGAAGGAGUUACAGACAGCCACAUUAACAGAGAACUAGAGAGGGAGAAGCCAUGGCCUGUGCUCGAGUGCCAUUGGAUGAACAGCAGGUGACCGUGCCAGGCCCGCUGGGAAAAGAGCACACACUGGCUGCGCUGCACCCAGACAGGAAGGAGGAUCGCUGUUUUGUGCCUUAUAAACCCCCGCCAGAAGACGGCACGCCCGCUGAGGUGGAGGAGUUCUUGGAACAUGCCAAAUUCAUCACAGAGGACCUGGAGUGGCUGCUCGCACUGCCACAUGACAAGUUCUGGUGUCAGGUGGUGUUUGAUGAGUCUCUGCAGAGCUGCCUAGAUUCUUACCUGCGUCACGCUCCCCGUGGCCUGGACCUCGCCACCCUGCCCUCCUCCACUGCCGUGGCCAACAUGCAGCGCAGCGUCCACAGGGCCGUCUUCUUGACCUUCCUCAGGAUGGCCACGCAUAAAGAGUCCAAGGAGAACUUCCUCACCCCGGCUGUGUUUGGAGAAAUUAUCUAUGAGAACUUCCUGUUUGACAUUCCCAAAAUCCUGGAUCUGUGUGUGCUCUUUGGAAAGGGCAACGGCCAGCUGCUGCACAAGAUGAUCGAGAACAUCUUCACCCAGCAGCCGUCUUACUACAGUGACCUGGAUGAGACGGUGUCCACUGUGCUACAGGUGUUUGACACCAUCCUGGAUAAAUGUGGUCUCCACUGUGAAGGAGCGACCGCCAUGGAGCCGCUGAAGCUGAACGCACACCAACAGCCCACUGCCAUAACCAUGAGCCAGCAGGAGCUCCUAGAUCUUAUUCUGUACCUGUGUGACUCCACCACCACCAUCCAUGCCUUCCUAGACAUCUUCCCCGCCGCCUGCUCUACCUUCCACUCCAACGGCUUCCUCAGCAGACUGACCUCGUUUUAUGAGACCGCGGUGCCUGACCUGGAGAAGGCGGUGAGGAAGAGAAACUUUGAUGAUAAAGGUCUCCAGCAGGACCUGUGGAAGCGCUUGUCCCACUCCUGUCGUAAGAUAGUGGAGAUGGCUCACCUGCUGCUGCAUCACACCUGCCUGCAGCCCAUCCUGGAGGGGGGAGAAAACAUGCAAUCAUUUGCAGAGGAGCUCCUACAACAUUUCACAUCUUUUUUACCUGAGAAAAGGUUCUUGUCGGACUAUGAUGAACUGUUCCCCAUCGCAGACGACAUCAGCCUCCUGCAGCAGGCGCUCCCCGUCAUUGAUGAGACCCGGACCUCCUACCUGCUCCAGGGGGUGCAGAGCGCCUGGGACUGUGUGGGCCGACGGAGACCCCACAGCCAGAGUGGUCCUCAGGGCGCAGCGGGCGGCGCUGCUGCUGCUUCAGCUGCCUUCAAACCUGAAGAGGCUCCGGAGUCAGAAGGAGGAGACGGCCUGAGGGGAGCAGAGGCCAUGCUGGACGUGUCCCGCAAAGGAGACAACGGCGCAGCGUGUCCGGUGAGCGAGGCGGAGCUGGAGUCUCUGCUGUCGUGUAUCAAGGACCUGCUGCCUGAUCUGGGAGAAGGCUUCCUGCUCGCCUGCCUGCAGGAGUACGGCUACAACUCAGAGCUGGUCAUCAACAACAUCCUGGAGGACCGGCUGGCCCCCAACCUGGACAAACUGGACCGAGCCAUGCCCAGGCCUGUAAAGGAGAUUCUUCCAGACGUUCUCAACAGCAGAUCCAACGUGUUUGACGACGAUGAGUUUGACAUUUUCCGCAGAGAGCAGGUGGACAUGUCCCGCAUCUGGAAAGGCCGGAGGAAAGGUGAAAACGCUCGGGAGAUGCUGAACGACAAGCAGCACAUAGCGGAGCAGAAAGCUCGUUAUCAGGCCUACGAGACGGUGGUGGACGAGGUCAUCAUCGAGCCCGGAGAGAGCGCAGAGAGCUACGGCCUCGACAACUACGACGACGAGUACGACGACACCUACGACAUGAACCAGGUGGGAGCCAACGACCUGGACGGAGACAGUUUACUGAACAGAAGGCCGUUCACGGUGCCACAGAUCCUGAGGAAAGGAAACAAACCAGAGUUGGAGGAGGAGGAUGAUGAUGAAGAGGAGGAAGAACAGAACAAUGUAAACAGGGACCAGUUUGUGCAGGACCCGGCUGUGCUGAGAGAGAGAGCUGAAGCUAGAAGAGCUGCCAUGCAACAAAGGAGAGGUUUCCGACCGGAUCGUGCCAGCAACGUGGUUGGCCAACCCAAAGGCCAAGGACAGACCACGGAGACAUUCCUGGACCGACGCAAGAAGGAGGCCAACAAGAGCCGCGGGGCGAACCACAACCGGCGCAACAUGGCCGACCGCAAGAGGAACAAAGGCAUGAUCCCCUCCUGACCUCACGGCGUCACACCACGGACUGAUGGUCGGAGGACGGAGGGCGGCUAGCGGCUGAGGUGUGAGACAGUGAAGAGAGAGAACAUCACACCUCGGCCCCGACAGCCUCCGUCUCUGUUGAAGGAGAAACCACCGAAGGGGUUGAGUUGUUGGUGAAAAGGUACUUUGAGAUGAGAAGUUGCCAAGCAGCUUGUUGAACAGAUACUUUUAGAGUUCGAGUCUAAAGGACGUUCAGCUCUUUGGCUCAAACGAUUUUGUUUUAUAGCUCUUUAAAAACCAAAGUCCUGAGGACAAAGAAUAGAGGAGACAAAGGUUUAUUUUUGCCAAGUAACAAAUCAGUUUAUUAAUCAGAUUCAGAGUGAUCGAAUGAAGUUUCUUUGACAUCAUCAUCAAAUAGACAACAUAGGAAUUAAAAGGAAGCCACGUCUGUGGUUCCUUGUGUAGCUGGAAGAACAAUUACUGACCUGGUGAUCAAGUCUGGACAUCAGUGGCGGCCUGUGCUGCUCUCACUACUGCUCCUGUGUGAGCAGCUCGUCUUAAAGCUGCCACCCACCCAGUUCACACCACUGCUGUCCAGCCUUAUUAAACAUGAAUCAACUCAGAAUGAAGCCGUUGUUUGGAAGCACGUGCUG